AUGGCACCUCCAAACAUUGUGAUUCUUGAACCAGGAGAGGCUCUGAAUAAAAAUAAAUAUGUUUAUCAAACUGUUAACAUGUUUUUAGAAGAUUUUGGAUACAUGAAAAAUGGUAUCUUAAAUCUAGUGUGUGAUAAAGCAAUCUAUCAUCACAUAAAAGAUUACAAGAAUGAUGAACAGAUGGCUUUUUGA